UAGAGGCGGUUAGUAGUCUGCUCAGGCUGCUCCCUGUGAACCAAUCAGCAGUUUAAAGCAAUAAAGUGAGUUAUGAAAUGGGCUGUCCAGUUAAUUAGGACUCUGGAUGGGUUUGAGUUAUGAGCUUUGGGAGCCAUACAAGUUAAGUCAUUAAGGAAACCUGGUAUAGCUGGAUAGAUCCUUGAGCCAUAUGGAAUAGAGCGAAACUUCCCUCCAGCAGCAAGUGUUGCAGUUUUCUUCUUGGUCCUUGUGAGUAAAUGCAAAUCUUUCCACUCAUUAUGGACCGGCAGAAUGGCUUUUACCGUAAGCAAAUGGAGCAUUUGGAGUUUGUGUGUCAAUCAAACAGAGUAGCAGCAUCUGUCGAAAAUGUUUGCAGCUGGAUACUCGGGGAAGCUGUUUGCAUUCCGCACAGCUCUGUUGACUCUGUCCAUACGUGAGUGUAUAUGUUUGUGUGCACUAACACUUUUCUCCACGCACGUGGGUUGUUUUUCCAAAGAGUGAAAAAAAUUCUCGUGUGCUUUUUGCUCCGCAUUGUUCUAUUUCUGGUUUUGUUUUUCACAGUACCUCAUAGUUGUUGUUUUUUUGUUUUUUUUGUUUGUUUUUUUUUUGUCCCUGUCUGUUUGUCUCUUGCUCAGACAGUGCCACAUUGGCUCUGAAAGGAAGUGAUGUCGCGUCACCACCACCGGUUCGAGAGGGACUACCGGGGCGCGUGGGAGCGUCGCGACCGGCCUGCACCCCUCCACAACGGAGUGACCAAUAACGCCUGCACCCCUGCUGGCCCUACACUUGCUAAUGGCAACAACCGGCCUGGGCUGCUUCCUCUUCCUGUUAUCCCCUCCCUCCUGCCCACUCCGGUGACCAUUGCCGUGACGACGAGCAGUAACGAGCUGGGCGCCAAGCGUGCAGGGGUGCCAGUUUCAGCUCCGACAGUGAAGCCUGCAGGCCUUUCCCCUGGUGAGAAUCAGACUCCUGCACUGCUCCUGGCUCCAGGGUUGAGGUGGGGCCAAACACCCAUCAACCAGUCCACGCCAUGGGACACGGACGAGCCUCCAGUCAAACAGCACCGAGAGAACGACACCGCGGGGCCUCCAUGGGUUCCUCCGGUGGUUGCAGUGAGUCAGCCGGGUCUCUUAGCUCACUCAUACACGCUGCCUCAGCCUCCUGCCUACAGCCAGGGAGCUUCUGUCCAGUCGCCCGUCAUUGGCGUAACCCCUGCCAUCCAGACCCCCGUUCCCCCGCACCACCCGCUCAUGAGUGCACACUUCCAGGUUCCUCCGCACUCGUCUCAGCCGCCAGGCAGCCUCGUGCUCAGCCUGCAGAACCAGUCGCCUUACCAGCCACCCAUCACCCCUUCGCCUAUGCCAGCUGGAGGACACAGCGUAGUGGGCAACGGGCACCUGACUCACCCGCUCAUGCAGCUACCUGCUCUGCCUUCUGCCGCACUGCCACUGACCAACGGGCAGCCUUCGCCCGCCUCAGCCAAUCAGGAGGGCCUAAACGGGCUGCAGAUGCUACGUACAGUGGGCAUGGGGAAGUACGAGUUCACAGAUCCUGGGCAUCCUAAAGAGAUGUUGAAGGAGCUGAACCAGCAACGCAGAGAGAAAGAAUUUACAGACCUGAAAAUUGUAGUUGAAGGCAAAGAGUUUGAAGUCCACCAAAAUGUUCUAGCUUCCUGCAGCUUGUAUUUCAAGGACAUGGUGAAAAGGUCCCUCGGGGAGACGGGCAGCGGAGAGAAGCUGGAGCUGCAGAUGACCAACAUCAGUGCUGACGUGCUGGAGAUGCUCCUGGAGUUUGUGUACACCGGCUCACUCGUCAUCGACUCGGCCAAUGCCAAAACCCUGCUGGAGGCCGCCAACAAAUUCCAGUUCAGCACGUUUUGCAAAGUCUGCGUGUCUUUCUUAGAGAAGCAGCUGACAGCGGGGAACUGCCUGGGGGUCCUGGCCAUGGCUGAGGCUAUGUGCUGCACAGAGCUACACAAUAUGGCCAAGGCAUUUGCCCUGCAGAAUUUCCCAGACGUGGCUAGCCAGGACGAGAUCCUCAGCAUCUCUAAAGAAGACCUGGUCAGCUACCUGUCCAACGAUAGCCUCAACACCAAGGCUGAGGAGCUGGUCUACGAGACUGUCAUCAAAUGGAUCAAGAGGGACCCAACCAACCGAGUACAGCACAUAUCGGAGUUGCUGGCAGUAGUCCGACUACCGUUUAUUCACCCAAGCUACCUGCUGAACGUGGUGGACAAUGAGGAGCUGAUCAAGUCGUCCGAGGCCUGCCGAGACCUAGUGAACGAGGCUAAGCGCUACCACAUGCUCCCUCACGCACGCCAGGAGAUGCAGACUCCCCGAACCCGGCCAAGACUGUCGGCAGGAGUUGCAGAGGUGAUCGUGUUGGUCGGAGGGCGGCAGGCCAUCGGCAUGAACCAGCGCUCUCUCACUGCAGUCACCUGCUUCAACCCCCAGAACAGCAAGUGGUAUCCGCUCGCUAGCCUGCCAUUCUACGACCGCGAGUUCUUCAGUGUCAUCUCAGCAGGGGACAACAUUUAUCUGUCAGGCGGAACAGAGUCCGGGGUGACGGUGGCAGAUGUGUGGUGCUACAUGUCACUACUGGACAACUGGAACCUGGUGUCACGCAUGACUGUGGCACGAUGCAGACACAACAGCCUGGUGUAUGAUGGGAAACUCUACACUAUCGGAGGACUCGGCAUGGCUGGGAACCUGGAUCAUGUCGAAAGGUAUGACACCAUCACUAACCAGUGGGAGACGGUGUCUCCACUGCCAAAACCAGUGCACUCAGCGGCAGCUACAGUUUGUGGAGGGAAGAUCUACGUUUUUGGAGGGGUGAACGAGGCCGGACGAUCAGCUGGGGUCUUACAGUCCUACAUACCCCAAACCAACACCUGGAGCUUCAUCGAGUCCCCGAUGAUUGAUAACAAAUACGCCCCUGCUGUGAGCCUCAACGGCUUCAUCUUCAUUCUCGGAGGAGCAUACGCCAGAGCCACCACCAUCUACGACCCGGACAAAGGCAACAUCAAAGCCGGACCCAACAUGAACCAUUCCAGGCAAUUCUGCAGCGCUGUCGUCCUGGACGGGAAAAUAUACACCACAGGAGGCAUCGUGAGCAGCGAGGGACCAGCGCUAGGCAACAUGGAGACCUUUGACCCCUGCACUAACACAUGGACUCUCCUACAGAAUCUGCCAUGCCCGCUCUUCAGACACGGCUGUGUGGUGAUCAAGAAGUACAUCCAGAGCGGCUGACAACUAGCGAGCGCACACACAUACACACACACACACACACACACACACCCACCCACACACACACACACACAGCCACACUCCUCAAUGCACUGCAGGGAUCCAAGUCAAAACACUACUCCACAAACUCCAGCGGCUCUCCCGGGUGGAAUGGAGUGGAACUCCACUGCUCGACAAGUCCACAAUCUGGAAGGGAAGUGUAGAGUAGCGAACUCUCAUUCACGGCUCUUGUGCCACAUGAGUAAUAAGCAAACAUUUGGACAACUACAAAAACUUUUCUUUGACAGACAUUUGUAGUUGAUUUAUAUAUAUUUUUUUGGCAUAUUCCUUUGAUGUUUUUUCAUCCUUCCGAUAACUACCUGCCCAUAACAGCACCGCGUCAUUUUCUCUCCCCCACCCCCAACAAGCGAAUCGAGCUUAUGAAGAGAUGCUGAAAUCAAAGUUAUGGUUCAUCAUUGUUUCUGAUAUCAGGUCUAUCAGACAAGAGUUACUCCAUCGAUUCAGAGGAACUGAGGAUGAGAUCUCCACAAGCCUGCAUCGCCACGAGACAGCAUCACGGGUAUAAGGUAGCACCAGGUGUCCAACAGUAAGACUGAAUGAACACGUGGAUUUGUUUUUCUCCCAAACACAGCCAAAGCACAAUCUACUUCUGAUUUUGAGGAAGACAUUGUACAUUUUUGUUCCUCCACUGUAAUCGGAAUCCAGCUGAAACAGGCUGUGGAUGGAGGAGUUCGGGGGGCUGAGGGUCCUGUAUCAUAGGGAAGGAAAUAUGUAUAUUUUAAAACCGAAGGUAAUUCUGUAUAAAUGUUUUAAAAAAACGUUGAUAGGUUGAACAAAAAAAAAAAAGACUGUAAAUCUGUACCCAAAAAGGACCAUUUACUUGUUAUUAAUGAUGAAACA